UGGACUCCGGGCAGAGGCACACCGGGCUGGACUCCGGGCAGAGGCACAUCGGGCAGGACUCCGGGCAGAGGCACAUCGGGCAGGACUCCGGGCAGAGGCACAUCGGGCAGGACUCCGGGCAGAGGCACAUCGGGCAGGACUCCGGGCAGAGGCACAUCGGUUUACCAGGCGAAGCAGCAGCAGGCAGCGGGCCACCAGGCGGAGCAGCAGGCGCCGGGCCCCCGUGCGGAGCAGCAGGCGCCGGGCCCCCGGGCGGAGCAGCAGGCGCCGGGCCCCCAGGAGGGGCGACCGGCAUCGGGCCCCCAGGCGGGGGACAGGCACCGGGCCCCCAGGCGGGGCGACAGGCACCGGGCCCCCAGGCGGGGCGACAGGCACCGGGCCCCCAGGCGGGGCGACAGGCACCGGGCCCCCAGGCGGGGCGACAGGCAUCGGACCCCCAGGCGGAGCGGCGCGGGCGCCGGACCCCCAGGC